AUGUAUAGUGGUAGAGACUUUCAAGAUAAGAGCCAUAGAUUCCAAAUGAUGGCUAAGUUUUUGCCAAAGCUAAAUGAAUUCAGAAUAUAUCUAGUGAAUGAGGAAAAGAAUAAACCUCUAUUUAAAGAAGAUUCUCAUGUUGCAAAGGUCAUUUUUAAUAGAAAGAAAAAGUAGUUUAUCAUAAAGAAUAAGUAUUGCACUUUAUGCUCAAAGAAGAGAGAUGAAGAUAUUGCUCCUAAGACGCAUAUUAAAUACACGUUUGCCUUUUUAUGUCUACCUUUGAUAAAGGCGAAUUAUUAGAUGCAAUCUUGGUGCCCAUAAGAAAUUAAGCGAAGAGAAAAACGAUCAUUCAGUAUGUAUGAUGGAAAACCAGAAAAGCUACAUGAAAUAAUGAACAAUCCAGAAUAUAAGGGGUCUUUAAAAGAAGCUUUAGAUGGAAAGAGAUUAGAUAUGAAUAAGACAGACGACAGGAUUUUUUUGAGAGCAAGGAAACCUCAUUUUAAGAAAUUUGAAAGAAGUUUGAGUUUGAAUUUCAAUGGAAGAGUUAAGAAAGCUUCUAGAAAAAACAUUCAAAUUGUAAUUAUCUAAUUCUAAUAAUUUCUAUUCAAAUAGGAGUAAAAAUUUAAGAAGGAUGAUAAACUUAGAGUAGUCCUGCAGCAUGGAAAGAUAGCAGACGAUGUGUAUAUUUUAGACUUUGGAUAUCCCUUUAAUCCUGUUCAGGCAUUUUCAUUCUCUCUUGGACUUUACUACUUCAAAAGAGAUGAGAAUUCAGUCAUCAAAUGA